AUGUCAAAGGCGACUUCCCGGUUCGGCGAAUUCUGGUCGUCCCUCAGUAUAGGGUGGCAGAUCCUCUGGCCCUUGGCCGUCUUCAUUGCCCAUCGUCUGAUCUAUCGCUUAUUCUUCCAUCCACUUCGACUGAUACCAGGACCACGGCGUGCCACGUUGUGCGGGUGGUACGAGUUGUAUACCAAUGUCUGGCAGGACGGUCAGUGGUGCAAAACAUACCCUGAUCUGCAUAAAAAAUACAAUUCCCCCGUCGUCAGAGUUGGUCCGGACCACGUUCACGUCAAGGACAUCGAUGCAUACGAAAGAAUCUUCCGCAACGGCACAAAUUUCUCAAAAGACGAAGUCUUCUAUACCUGUGCCGACAAUAGCGGCUCGAUUUUCUCAAUAUGUGAUCGUGAGGAACACCGGGCCCGUCGUAAAGCUCUCAGCCCACGAUUUUCGAAACAGGCCGCAGAAGCCGAUGCGCCUUGGAUUUUGCGACAGCUUCGGCAGAUGGAAAACUUCAUGGUUAAACAAUCGGAGAUGGAGAAGCCCUUCAAUGCAAACGAUCUCUUCCGGGCGCUUUCAAUCAACGUGGUAGGCAGAACGCUGCUGGGGAAUUGUGAAAAUUUGGUCGAAUAUCAAGAGGCCAAGCCCGAGCUCCUCGAGACCGUCGACGGCUUAUCUGUGAUGAUCCCUCUGCUACGAUUCUUCCCUUACAUGGCUGCCGUCAACCAGAUUAUUCCAUCCGUUAUUGCGGAUAAAUUAAUGCCUUCUGGGGUGGCCAAUUUCAAAAAGACCUGCGAAGACUACACGAGGCCACGAAUGAACAAGCCCAUCGAUACGGACUUUGAGCGAAGCCGGGCGUCUGUGAUAGAACUCCUAGUAGCACAUAGCCAUGAUGUUACCAAGAAGCCACCGAAUCUCGACUUGUUGGCAGCGGAAGCCUUCACAUUCAUUGACGCGGGAGUUGACACAGCAGGGAGGACGCUGGCAGCCGCAGUUUACCAUGUUCUUCGCGAUAAGGAGAUUGAGGAACAUCUCAGGAAUGAGCUCAGCGAAGCAGAUCUCUGGUGUGAUGACAUUAAUCAAGCUGAUCUUCGAAAGCUGGCGAAACUUCCCUACCUAAAUGCUAUUAUCAAAGAGGCACACCGGACUUGGCCGGCACUUCCAGGGCCAUUACCUCGAGUGGUGCCCCCCGAGGGACUACAGGUUGGCUCUUACUUUAUUCCCGCUGAUACGAUCGUAUCUGCCACCCACCACUCGAUGCACUUCGACGAGAAAAUAUUCCACGAACCCACCAAGUUCAAACCCGAGCGCUGGCUCCGAGAAGCUAAGACCGAUCUUGACCGAUACCUCAACCCUUAUAGCCGUGGGAGUCGCGCCUGCAUCGGAAUUAAGUAA